AUGGAAAGUACAGUAACUGACUUCCCAGGUAACGGGAUUGUCAAUGUUACUUAAAAUACUCAUUUUGAUUAAGAAGAAAUUUCAAAAUAAAUGAAUGUUUAAUCAAUAACAUGAAUGUUGUCUUGAUCGCAGCCGAUCUUUAUCUGAUAUACAAACUCGAGCCGAAGGCGAAAUGUUUUAACUAGUGCUAAAUAUGAGAAAUUAGUGUCCAGACCUAAAAUGAAAACUAGGUUGUUGGGGAAAAACAAUAAAUAGAAACUGUUAGAAAGACCAAAUUAAAAACACGAGAGAGUUGUAAAAUACUUUGAAUUAAUAAUACAUUUGGAAGCCUUGAAAUGUUUAAAUUAGACUUAUGCCUGUAUUCUAAAAGCUCACUCACAAUCACACUCAAUGAGUGGAGGUUCAAUCUGAGCUUCCCUUGAGUGUCAAUGCUGUUUUGAAUAGCUGGAGGGCUAGUGUCGUACCUUACUAUGUAACUACUUACCCUUCAGCUAUCCAAAAACAGCAUUGACACUCAAGGGAAGCCGCACUCAGAUUGAACAUCCACUCAUGCAUUGAAUGUGAGUGAGCUUUUAGAAUACAGGCGAUAGACUCAUGCCAUAGUGAUAUCACAUUAUUACUUCCUAUAAUAAUUGAAAUCUAAUAGGAAAAAUAUAGCAGUUUAGAAUACAUUUAGCUGCAUGAUUCUAAGCCCCUUCAGUUUGGCGCCAAAUUGACUAUAGUUAUAUUAGAUAUACAACUUAAUAAUGGCCGCAGAAAGAGAAAUCAGAAAAACUCUGUCAUUUUGAAACGUUCUUAAGUUGUUGAGCUGUCUUUUUGCAAUUUUACUUCGAUGGUCAAAAUCGUUGGGAGAAAUUCUGGAAGUAUACACGCAAAAUACAACUGUAUUUUUCUAAUGUUUCUAUUUAGAUGCAGUCGAUGAAAACUAUAAUACUAAUAUUAUUGAAAUAUCUGCUACAUCAGACGACGCUCAACUUCAGGAUGAAAAUGUUGAUACUGUGAAUCAAACAGACAUCGAAAACGAAAGUAUUACUGAUGACAGAAUUGCGUCAGCAGAACAGUUAUUGACCAUGGGACGUUCUUACCAAAGGGAAGGCCGAAGUGAAGAGGCCAUCUGCAAAAGCUACGAAGAAGGGAUUCAAAUUGCGAAUGAAACAGAUCACGAUAACAUCAAAUCAAAAACUUAUCAACAUUUGGGAAAUGUAUUUACUGGAACGUCUGAAUAUAAGAAAGCAAUCGAGUAUUAUCAGAAAGCACGUAAAAUAUCUCCAGACCUCGAGGGAGAUGAGAUAGAAGUAAUAGCAUACCAAUGGCUAGGUUACAACCACCUGCAAACUGGUCAGUACCAAGAAUCCAUAGAGUAUUACAACGAAGUGAUAAAACUUGCUUCACAGCUUGGAUGCGAAACGAGAGAGGUCAAUGCUAGCAUAGGGUUGGGAAGUGCGUUCAGUUAUAUUGGGGACUUUAAAUCCUCAGAAGAGUAUUUCUUAAAAGCCAUCACAAUGGCAAAACAGCUCAGGCACGAAGGUGUUGAAAGAAUAGCUCAUACAAACCUAGGACAUGUACAAUACAAGAGUUGUCAGUUUGAUGCAGCUAUCAAAUCUUAUCUCAAAACUCAAGAAAUUUCUCUUGACCUUGGUGAUAGAAAAGAAGAAGCCAACGCCUGUCUCAUCCUCGGUGACACCUUUCAACAACUGAAGCAACACCAAAAGGCGCUAAAUAUUAAUAAAGAAUUGAAAGAUAAAGAAGUGCAAGCGAAUGCAGUCCAGAGAUUAGGGUCUAUUUCUUUCAACAUUGGUGAAUACGAAGAAGCUCUUAAGUACUCCAAAAUUCUUGUGAAAUUGAUACAAGAACCAGAUUAUCGUGGAAUCAAGCAAGCUCUUGCUCAGAAAAGAUUGGGAAUGUGUUAUGCUUACCUUGGAAGAUUCGAAGAAGGUCUAACAUGUUUUAAAAAAGGCUUUGAAAUUAGUUUGUGAUCAUUCUGAGAAAGCUGUAGAGGGAAUUAUUAACGAAUGGUGCGGAUACUGCUGCCGCUUUAUUACUGGUAGAGAUCAAGAAGCAAUAACAUUUUAUGAGAAAACGAAAACAAUUGCCAAACAAGUUGGAAAGAAAUAUGAAGAAUACCGUUCAAAUCAAGCAAUUGGAAAUAUACUAAGUAAUACGGGUGAUUAUUUGAAAGCGAAAGAAUAUUACGAACAAGCGAUGGACAUUGCCUUGGAACUAAGCGAUAAACAUUGUGAAGCAACGUCAUGUUUAAAUUUGGCAUCAGUUUGUAGUAAAGAUUAUGAUUACGACAUGGCGAUGAAAUGGUAUGAGAAGGUAUUGGAUAUUCUUGGAGCAGAGCCCAAUGAUCACCUCUUGUAUGAGAAGGCUCUUACUGGCUUGGGAGUUACCCUCGUCAAUCUUGGAGAUACCAAAAAGGCAAUUAAAUUGAUCCAAGAAGCUCAAACAUUUGCAAAGAACAAAAACGACACAGGUCAUUAA